AAAAAAAAAAAAAAACAAUGAUGAAGGAAAAUUUGCGUAAACUUAUUAUAUGCUUUAUGUUAGCAGUAGGGUUCUUGUUAAUAUCAUCAUCAGAUGCUGCUGUUUCAGAAAAUAUCUGGGAAAAGAUCACAGCAAUAAACAAGAAAGGUCCAUACUUGGGCAUUGUGGUACCGAACAGUUUUGAGAUGAGCCCUCUUCUCCAAUCUCCAAGUUUCGUGCCUCUCAAGGCGCUUCCUUACCUCGACUUUGCAGGGAAAAGGUUCCGGUUUGGAAGAGUGGAGAAUGAAAGCGUUAUCGUAGUUAUGACAGGAUUAGGCAUGUGGAAUGCAGGUAUAACAACACAACUCCUGGUGAGUCUCUUCAACAUCAAGGGCAUUCUUCACUUUGGUAUUGCCGGAAAUGCAAAUUCUGAACUGCAAAUAGGCGAUGUUACAAUUCCGAUGUAUUGGGCUCAUACCGGUCUUUGGAACUGGCAGAGAUUUGGAGAUGGAAGUGAUGAUGAACUAGCUCUAGAAUCUAAUGGAGACUAUACAAGAGAAAUUGGUUACCUUAAGUUCUCUGAUUUCAACACUAACACCUCAGUUGAUAACCUUCUAAACAGAGUCUGGUUCCAGCCAGAGGAAGUCUUUCGAAUUGAUGGAAUUCCAGAAAUCAGGCAACAUGCCUUCUGGAUUCCUGUCAAUGACCGAUACUUUUCACUUGCAAAGAAUCUCGAGGGAUUGGAGUUAGGAGCCUGCGCUAACAACACAACUUGUUUACCAAGAAGGCCUAAAGUGAUUCGGGUGGAGAGAGGGAUUAGUUCCAACAUAUUCGUAGACAACGCGGCAUAUCGCGAAUUCUUGAAUUCAAAGUUCAAUGCAACUGCAAUAGACAUGGAAAGUGCAGCAGUUGGACUUGUCUGUCUUCAACAGAGGAUCCCUUUUAUAACAAUGAGAGCACUUUCUGAUCUAGCCGGUGGUGGUGAUUCUUCCAUGUCUAAUGAAGCCAAUACUUUUGCUCCAUUGGCAGCUAACAAUGCAGUUGAUGUUUUGGUUGCAUUCAUUUCUUUACUUAACACACGGCAAUGGUGAUCGAUGAUGAUUUGGCAUCAAUAAGUUGAAACCUUCUUCUUUCAUUGGGUAGAGGGUUAUUCCUUAGUCAAAACUCCAAGACUAAAAUGUCGAAAUGGUCUUUUACAUUUGAGCUUAAUUGAAUUUACGUCCCAAACAUUAAUAUUUUAAUAUCGUAGUCCCAAAUAUUAUGUUUUCACACUUUUUUGGUCUCAUUUCACUGUUUCCGGCUGUUGACAUUCCAGAAUCAGGGGUAUUUUUGUCUUUUAAUUUAAUUUGAAUUUUUAUUAAAAUUUAA